AUGAGCGUGCGUCCUACGGGACCGUCGGCGACAGAGGCUAAAACAAUCCAGCUGUCGGCAUUAUCACCACCCCUUGCCUUUUCACAUGUAUGCCCGUACAUAUUUCGGUGUGCAGAUCCCUCAUCACAGCCUGAAUCAUUUCUAUUUUUAGAAUCUCUAAAUCUCAAAAGCGUAAUUUUGCUGUCCAUUGAAUAUCCUUCCAAGGUGCUGGAAUCGUUUUGCAGCCAGCAUCAUAUUGAAUUGCAUCAUUUUGGAAUUGAAAGAAGAUGGCCAGCCCCAAACCCAAUCGCUCAAGUCUCAGCCCCUACAACUAACAGUCUAUUUUUGUCUCCGCAUGAAAUCAAUUCCUUCAGUGUGUUUGAAACCAUCGUCAAAGAUGGUUUAGAGCUACUACUUGAUAUUAGAAAUCACCCGGUCCUUGUAACUGAUACUGCUGGCGUAUUUGAAACGGGUGUUUUACUAGGUUGUUUGAGAAAAAUUCAGCGCUGGAAUCUCAGCAGCAUUUUGGUUGAAAAGUAUCGUGCUUUUGCAGGACCACUAGCUCGAAGUGCCAUUGAACGUUUCAUCGAAGUA